AUGGCAGUAGCCGUUCACCAAAGUCGGAAAUCCAUGAAAUCUCGCAACAUCGCCCUACUAAGCGUCUUUGGGGUCAUCAGUGGGACAAUGCUGAUGUUUCGCUUCCUCGCUCCCCAGCAAGGCAAAAUAAUCACCAAGGAAGAGGUAGCGGCGUACCGGGGUGGUGACUCUGAUCAAACCAAUCAAGGCGAGACAUAUGGGCACAUUGCCAGGGCUCCCCGUAAGGGAUCUCAAGUACCCAGAGGAGGAGCCAUCUAA